GUGCUGCACCAGCACUUUCUCUCUCAUUCUCUUUUCAAUAUUUUCCCCCCAUCGACAUUAUUGACUUUCUUUGUUUAUUUGGUUUUGAGGGGAACACGUGGAACGCAUGGGGAGUGGGUGCGUGCAAAGGGACCGGUUCAAGUUCAACCGUUCAACAACCAUUCUGACCGGCAACCCGACCUCUUAACCGGCUCGGGUCCCAUAUUACCCCGGCUUUUGUCUGUGUUCUCCACACGAAUUGUUUCUUUCUUCUCCUCCAGCUUUGGAAUAUCCAGCUAAUACCACAACUCUUUCCGACGAAGUUCUCAGCGAAAAGGAAGCAAUGGACUUUUUCUUGAAGGGGAUGAAUGAUGGGACAUCCGAGUGCCCCUUUAAUAGGCAAGACAUCCUAAGAUGUCCAUUUUUAAGGAACAUUAACAAGCCCACUAGCUUCUCAUUCUCUGCGGUGAACAUCCCUAUUCCUUCAAGGGGAGCCAAAGGUCCAAUUUUUGAAGACGGGCCCAACUUUGAUAGGGCUUUUAAAAUCUUUCAUGGGAAGGAUGGAGUAGUCCCGCUCUCGGAGAAGUCUUAUUCUCGUGACAACAGCUUUGAACCUCAGCCUGCACCUCAGUCUGCACCUCAGUUUAACCCUUUAGCUGCAAAGGCUGCCACCAUAAGUUUGACGGGAUUUGGGCCAGGGUGGCCAUUUGGAUUUGAUUUCUUCAAUAAGAACCGGAAUAAUCAAAAAAAGAACUCCGGGUCAUCGAAGAACAGAGACCCAUCUUCUAAGGGACACGAGGCGCUGGGAAAUGAGUGGUUAGAAACUGGUAACUGCCCAAUCGCCAAGUCUUAUAGAGCAGUCAGCGGUGUUCUUCCACUCGUCGCGAAAGCUUUUCAGCCACCACCUGGCAUGAAGUUCAAAUGCCCUCCAGCAAUAGUUGCUGCCCGAGCUGCCCUGGCCCAGACUGCCUUUGUCAAGACCCUCCGCCCUCAGCCGCUUUUUUCUAAGAUGCUCGUGAUCGGAUUGUUGGGCAUAUUGGCUAACAUUCCUCUGGGGAUAUGGAAGGAGCACACUACAAAAUUUUCUCUCUCAUGGUUUGCAGCGAUACAUGCAUCCGUGCCGUUCAUAGCGAUGCUUAGGAAGUCUGUUUUGAUGCCCAAGAAUGCUAUGGCGGUAACGAUUGGGGCUUCUAUUCUGGGACAGGUCAUUGGGUCUAGGGCAGAGCGUAUACGUCUGAAAGCUAAGGAGGAGAGAGAAAAGGCAGCUAAUGCAGGUGCUCAUUGCGGCACAGAAGGACUGAAGUGGGACCCGCUUCCGGUCAAGGUUGCUGGCCCCGGGACGGCAGCCAACGUGUGUUUCUGAGUGUGCGAUGGCCACCGAAAAAAGUGAGUACUACUAAGUAGUAUUAGAAAUAAAAGAGUGGGUUGAAAAAUGCUACUAGGUGUGUAAAGGACCAAGAUUUCAAGUUAUGUAUCAUGAUUAUAAUUCUUUUCCUUCUUUUUGAGACAAACUAUGGAAUUCAUAUGUACCGCCAUCACUGUACUAUUGAGAUAUUUCUCCAGUGGAAAAACACCUUUAUUUCUAUAACA